AUGCUUCAAAAAACUAUUUGGACAAUUUUUCUCCAAAUUUUUUUGUUGUCAUUCAAAGAAAACCUUGCUCAAAGAGAUUCCUCUACUCUCGACAGUUUUUUUGAUGAUAUUUUCUCGGAACCACACCAGAAUUCAAGAAAAAGCAUUUUCAGCGAGAAUUCUUUGAGCAACUACAACGAUGUUUUCACUUUCCAACCCCCUACUUCAACCACUCCAGAUCCGAGAACCCUCGGUUGCGGUACCCCCCCUCACUCUUGUGGCCCUAACGCCAUAUACAGAAGCUACGACGGGGCCUGCAACAACCUGAGGAACCCCAUUUGGGGAAUCCCCAACACCCCCUAUCGCAGAUUAUUGCCUGCAAACUACGGAGAUGGAAUAAGCCUUCCAACAACAGCUAAGGGCGGUAGGGCUCUCCCCUUGGCUCGAUCUGUCAGUUUGGCCCUUUAUCCAGACGUUCCAAUUUUUGAUCCCAUCUACACUCUCAACUUGAUGCAGUACAGCCAAAUAGUCACCCACGAUAUGAGUAGAACCAUAGGGAGUUCACAAACAAGGCACUACAAAACCAGGUGCUGUUCGCCAGAAGGUCAACUUCUGGAGCUAGCAGAAUCACCAGAUCACUGUUUCCCUAUCGUCUUACCGGACAACGAUCCCGCGCAUUCAAAAACUAAAACAAAGUGCAUGAGUUUUGACAGAAGCAUCACCAACAAAGACAGAAAUUGCGUUGAAGACUCCACCCCUGCAGACCAGUUGACUUCGGUCAACCAUUAUCUGGAUUUGUCGUUAGUGUACGGAAACGAUGCCAAGACCAGCAGGUUGCUCAGGCAAUUCCAAAAUGGCCGUCUCAGAACCGAGCACAGAUCAGGUCAGCAGUGGCUUCCGAGAGCCACAAAUGCUUCACAAACUUGCAGAUUACUAGAUGAAAAAGAUGCUUGUUAUAUGGCAGGCGACAGCAGAGUGAACCAGAGUCCCCACUUGGCCCUUCUGCAAACCAUCUACGUCCGGGAGCACAACCGUCUGGCCGCCUCGCUCUCCGCACUCAAUCCCCAUUGGCCUGACGAGCGCGUGUUCCAAGAGGCCCGCAAAAUCAACAUGGCCGCCUACCAGCACGUCACCUACUACGAGUGGCUGCCACAUCUGGUCGGCAGACGAUAUGCGUUGGGCGCUAAGCUGAUUUAUGACGUAGACGAUCACGUGGACGAUUACGACGAGAAAGUUGAUCCGACCGUGUUGAACGAGCACGCCACUGCCGCCUUCAGGCAUUUUCAUUCGAUGAUUGUCGGCCACUUACAUUUGGUCAGUGAACAUAGAACAUCACAGGGAAGAAUACGGUUGAGUGACGUGCUCAGACGCCCUCAGAUUCUAGAAGAAAAACACGGAUUCGAAGCUCUAACUCGUGGAUUAUCAGCCCAACUUCAAUCCGCCUCUGAUCAGUACCACGAUAGUGAGAUAACCCAAUAUUUAUUCAGAGGUGACAAUGAAACUUUCGGAAUAGAUUUGAAAGCCUUCGACAUUCAGAGAGCGCGAGAUCACGGACUGGCUACAUACAACGAUUUCAGAGUACUGUGGGGUUUACCGAGAGCUCGUAGAUUCGAGGAUUUCUUAGAUUGGAUCAGCGAAGAGAACGUCCGCAAACUGGCAACGCUGUACGCCGAUCCCGAAGACGUCGACCUCUCGGUGGGCGGGUCCCUCGAGAGGCCCGCCCCUGGGGCUCUGGUGGGCCCCACCUUCCUGCGCAUCCUCAUUGAGCAAUUCUCAAGGACGCGUAGGGGCGACCGGUACUGGUACGAAAAUGCCGGGAAAACCGGCUUUUCCGAUCGACAGCUGAUCGAGAUAAGGAAAGCGAGCGUUUCGAGGUUGCUGUGUGAUAACACUGGGGUGGAGUACAUGCAGCCGAGAGGGUUUGAGAAGCUGUUUGAAGGCAACCCUCUGGUCAAAUGUGAACAGUUGCCCUCUAUGGACCUUUCCAAGUGGAAAGAAACAAAAAGUGAUCAGUAUGGAAGUGAAAAUUUUAUGAACAGAGCAUUCAAUUUCAUUACUAGUCUAUGA